AUGCGGCCCGCGGGCCGCAGUUUGAGUACUGCUGCAUUAAAGAGAAAAGAGAAAGAUUAUGGAGUUGGACGAGGCGAUGGUAAUUGCACGCGGGCCGUUGUGGAAAGGCAAGGAGAUCUUGGGGUUGAGUUGGUCCGCGGCCAGCCACCAGGUGGUGUUAUCAGGCCAGGGUUAAGAGGUAUUAUGGAGUGGGCAGUGACCAACACUGCCAGUUUAUAUGCAUUGUGCUCAUCCCUGGGAUCUCAGGAGGCAGGAUUUUUCAAGAUCUCACCAGAAUGCUUGAAAACAUUGCUUACAAUUCAGAUGAAGCUAGUCAGUGAUGAGCAUCCUGAAUUCCCAUUCCGGAGGGCAUUAGGCAAUGUUCAACUCAUUGAAAAGGAACUUAUUCCAAUCCUCAUACACUGCAAGAAGAGUGAAAGGGAAGUAUUGCAGGCUGCAAUCAAUGUGGUGGUACAACUGACAACUCCCAUCGAGUGUUUGGUUUUAACCCCAUCAUGUCACAACGGCCCUGCUAUCCUUGACCUGAGAUGCCACCUUGGAGAGGCCAAGGAAGCAUUUCUCAAUCCCCAAGCUACUAAAGUCCUGGUCAACAAUGUUCUCCCAAGUGUGAUGAGCAAAGGAGGCACAUAUUCCUUAGACAACAUUGGGAUUGUUCAGGGAAGCCUGCUCUUGUUACGGAAUCUCCUGCACAUACCAGACUGGUUUGCACGUCUACGGCCAGUUUCCACACCUUGUCACAAGGGAGUAAGGGGCUCCUGUGAAAUGCAGAAUCAGCUCAUGGCUACUCUUUUUGCUCAAGGACUGGACCAGAAUCUCCUUACACUCAUGGCUCAUCCUCUCCUGGGAACAUGGUGUGUGUCAGUGGCUGAGUUGGUGGCCAUCUUGUAUCGAGACCAAGAGGUGGGUGUCCUUCAAAAACUCAUUGCUCAGUGGAUGGAGAAAGAUCCCAAUGACACCUCAGACGAUGAUGAUGAUGAAAGCAACACCUCCCCUCAGGGAACAUGGUGUGUGUCAGUGGCUGAGUUGGUGGCCAUCUUGUAUCGAGACCAAGAGGUGGGUAUCCUUCAAAAACUCAUUGCUCAGUGGAUGGAGAAAGAUCCCAAUGACACCUCAGACGAUGAUGAUGAUGAAAGCAACACCUCCCCUCAGGAGGAUGGGAACCAAGGUCACUCAGACAUCCCACUGUCCACAGAAUCCUCUGACAAUGAUCUCAGGCUUCAAGAUUACAAGAGCUGCAGUGAAGAAAAUGUUGAUGGAGAGACACAGGUGAACCUCUUAGUUUUACCAGAUGACAAUACCUGGUCCAAGUUGGGGAAGCAAACCAUGUUUUUCAACUCUUCCUCCACCUGUUUCAAUGAAAAGAUGGAAGAAGAAGCAGAAAAAGAAGAGGAAGGAGAGAAGAUGAAGCACCUGGUUGAUGACUCCUCAGAGGUAGACAGUGGUCUUGCCUCCUUGGUCAAGGAUGAGGAGGUACAGCUGGAGAAAGGAUAUGGAGAAGGAGGACUGGAAGUGGGAAUAGUUAGUAAAGAGAAAGAAGAGAGAAGCCUGGUGAUGGUACUGAGCCAGGACAAGGGUACCAACUAUUGUCACAGAAAUGAAUGCCGUGACUCCCCAUCAAGCAAUGAGGAGGACAUGACCCUCCACUGUGCCCGCAGUCGACAGCCACCACCACAUCCCAUGAAGCAGCGCCCUCCCCGCUACCUCCAGCUCAUCCGACGGAGAAAGAUGCACAUUCGCCGGCGUAUUGGCAACAAUCCUGCCCAGGCCCGGUCCAAUGAGGACAUCUCACAUCUUCUACGGGAUUUCACUGUUGAAUUCCUUUUCUGUGGGUAUGGCCCACUGCUUCACAGCCUGACAGAGGUUUUAGGUUCUGCACAGGCAUCAUCCCUUGACUCAGCCCACUUCCUGUGGCUUAUCACAUACUUCCUCAAGUUUGUCCCUCAGUUACAUGUGGACUUCUCCCAUCUCAGCCAAGUCCUAUCUCCUCAAUUGCUGAGUUACCUCACAUUUCAAAGUAUGAAUUUGAGUGAAGAGGCAGGACGCGCAUCACUUCUCACGGGUGGUGACCCCUUGCCAAUACAACGACGCCUUCAUCUGCUAGUGACUGCACUGAGGGAGUUUCUGCAAGCACUGGACUCAUACAGUCAUAGCUGCCAAAUUUCCACUAAAGAGAAAUUUGCUCUUAGGCAACUUCAAGGUUUUGUGGGAGACCUGUCUGAGCUGCGGGAGUCCUUGGUGUACCUGAUCCGGAAGUGGAACCCACAGCAGCAGUCAAGGCAGUGCUUACGGGAUCUGGUUGCUACCCACCAUUCCCUUCUUGUCUGCCUCCAGGGUGUUACUUCUCCCUUGGACAUCAGGCUCCAUCUUGAAAAUUUUGCUACUUGCCGCAUGAUCCGCCAGCUGGGUGAGCUGCUUUCUUCAUACUCAGAGAAUGGCACAAGUGUGAAUGAAGCUACAUUCACCCUCUUGCAUCACAUUGUGGGCUCCUUGCAUCACCCACACCGACUCCUUGACCCAAGCCUCCUCCGAGCAUUCACCUCCAUUUGGGAGAAUGGGAUUCAGCUCCCUGAGGAAUGGUCUGAUGUGGUGGAGCUGGUGAUGCGACUGUUCAUCCAUCGUGUCACUGACAAAAUCCCAUUAGACCAGAAUGCCCCCCUACCUGCCAUCUCUUUUGCUACUUGCCGCAUGAUCCGCCAGCUGGGUGAGCUGCUUUCUUCAUACUCAGAGAAUGGCACAAGUGUGAAUGAAGCUACAUUCACCCUCUUGCAUCACAUUGUGGGCUCCUUGCAUCACCCACACCGACUCCUUGACCCAAGCCUCCUCCGAGCAUUCACCUCCAUUUGGGAGAAUGGGAUUCAGCUCCCUGAGGAAUGGUCUGAUGUGGUGGAGCUGGUGAUGCGGCUGUUCAUCCAUCGUGUCACUGACAAGAUCCCAUUAGACCAGAAUGCCCCCCUACCUGCCAUCUCAGAGGGAGAACCUGGAGAUGACAUAUGCUGGGCAUUCCUGCAGAGCUCUGGGGAGCAGGACCCACUACAUUGUGUGACUCAUCGUUUCCCACAGCUCUCUAAGGAUGAGAUUCUUGCCGAGUUGAUAAAGAGGAACCUCAUUUCAUCAGAGGAAAAGACUCACCUUGCAGCCAUGUAUUUGUCUGCCCAUCAAUCGGAGGUUAUACCUGGGGCAUCCUCAGUCAUUUGGCUCCAGAAGUUAUUCCUUCAGGCAGCUUGCAUUCGACUGUGUCUUGAUCGAGAGAGCAAGUGGAGUGAGGACCAGGGGCUGUUGCUGCACCCAACAGUGUUGUUCCCACUGCUGGUGAAGCAGGGAGUUCCAUUGAUCCCAUGGCAUGAGUGGCAGGAGGAGGCACUUGAGGACCCAGAGUUCCUCUCCUUGAUAUCCAAGCUGUCCCUUGACAAUGCAGAGAACAUCAGAAAGGGUAUCCACCCUACCAUUCCUCCAUCCUGGGACACAUCCAAGUUAUAUGCUGCUGCAGCAAGCCUUGGACUCAUCUCCAUUGAUGAGCAUCUGGCCAGUGCCCUUCAGACCCAUGAGGAGGAGCAGAAGCAGCCAGAAAACAGUAACCACAAGUCAUCACCACAGAGUCCAUUGGGAUUGACUGUACCAGGGAUGUCAUGGAUGGAUGUGGUGCAUGGGAAUGAGCCAUUGUAUCUCUCAUCACCAUUGACCAGCGAGGAAGACGAGGGACUCAUCAGUGACUGUAGCAACCCAGAUAACUUGACUACCUCCAAACCCCAUUCCACAUUUUCCCAUUUUCGAUGAAUUUCUCCAGACUUGAACAUAUAGAUCUUGAAAGUUCAAAUAUAUAUAUUAAAGCCAUAUUCCAUCUUUUGA